AUGGUUUCAAAUAGUUAUAACAAAAAAAAAAUCGAUAAAGAAAAGGGUAAACAAGUACUUCGCGAUGAAGACGAAGAUUCUGAAGACCCUCUAAGUUUCCCAGCUUCGCAUAUUCAGCGAGAGGAACAACAUAAUUCAAGGCAGCUUAAGCAAUUUGCAGUUGACGACGAUACUUCUGACGACCCCUUGACACAGUGUUUCGUCACUACCACCACUAAAAGUUACCCUAGCAAACCCAAUAUAAAUAAGAAAAGGCUGCGGUCGCUUCGUAGACAGAAAAUUCAGCGAUUUCUUGAGUCAACAUCAAACUAUUCAUUACAGCCUAAGGUAUGCUCCAUUUCUCAGACAACAAUCCAGCAACGGUGGAAACCUCUUGAUACAUUAUCAAAACGACAACUUGUGCGCGCGCUAAGAAAUAUUGCAUCAUCUGUGACUUUUAAUAUUCGAAAUGCAUCGAAAAGGGCGGAGGUACAAAGAGAUCUGGAUGCAUUAAUCUCUAGUAUCAAUAAACGAUUAGAGACUGUGUCACUUCCAAAACCCGUAAAAAAUAUGGCUUUUGAUAGCAAAAAAUUUACUUCACAAAACGUAAAAAGAUAUGGAAAAUAUUCUUGUGUCAGAAUUAGAGAUGAUAAAGCAAAUGGAAAUACAGCUCGCUCAAGAAAAACGGCAACGGAAGAACGCGAUGCCUUAGAACGAUUUCGAGAAAUGAAAAUAUCACAAGAUUCUCAAAGUUCGAGACGUUCAGAGUCAAAGUUAUAUCCUCUAUUACAAGCAAAACUGGAAGAUCCUAUUGACAUCGACGAUGAGCUAAUAAAAAAUAAUAUAACAGCACCAUUGACAAAAGAAGAAGAACGAGUAUGGGAUCCUGCCAAAGACCAAACGAUCAUCGAUCUCAAGAAUUCGUUACUUCCACAUCUUCGUUCAAUCAAUAGCAGUACACAGUCGUUAGAUGAUGUCGUCUAUAGAAUCGGAGAUGCUGAACGAAAGUUGUGGAGGUUAUUAAGGGUAGCGGGAUUGGAUGAACAGAUUUCACAAAUACAGUAG